UCGGGGGAUGACAUCGGCGGAUAAACCGAUGGAGGGGGGUAGGGGACAAGCCGUUUCUUCAACAUGAUUCGGGGGGCGGGUGGCUCGGGGGGGGCAGACUUCAUCCCUGUUUCAGACGCUGAGAUGGCGAAGCUGGGGAGGGCCUCAUGCGUCUGGAAAUAUGUUACGCUGGGGCAACCGAUGGGCAUAUGGGAGAAGAUGCACGGUGACCGCAAGUUGCGAUGCAACUUGUGCAAGCACCUGUGGCAGGGGAACCAAUCGAAGGUUGCGAGGCACUUCUGCCAGUUGAAGAAGUGCCCUGUUGCACAGUUCGAUGUGCUCGUUGACAUUUGGAACGACACGGACUACAAAUUCGAUUUCAGGCAUCACAGAUCCAUUCGCGUGUACAUGGAGGAGCACGACAUCAAAGACUCGCGAGCAGUUGCUGGAGGUGCACGUUCGCGAGCGUCACCUUCCACUGCAGGAAGGGACGAAAUCCAGGACGUGCUGGAUGAGGCUGAGGAGCGAGAGGGGGUGGAGUUGCCAGGGGAGGAGGUCAUAAUGACGUCACGUGGGGAGGACCCUGCGAGGCGACAAGGGAAGAGGCCAAUGGGGGAGGCAGACCAGGCUGCGACCCGACCGGGGAAAAGGGUGCGGCAGAGCAAGAUCGACGAGGUCUACGAUGCAGACAAGCAGUCGAUUUUCAACGAUAAGUUUCUGCAGUGGAUCUAUGACUCAGGUAUUCCAUUCAACGCCUUCAGGAGGCAGUCGUGGACAGAGGUCCGGAAGGCGGCAGAGGAGAUGCCUAGAGGAGUGCGAAUGUGAUUUCCUCCCUUUUAGGAAAUCGGCGGAGAUG